AUGUCGGCUAUGCCGGUUGUGGCGUCAUUGGAUUUGCGCGGCAAUCAACUGGCGUCGCUACAUGAUGCUGCUGCCGCAUCAUCAUUGAGUUGGGAGCAAGUGCGUAUAAAAAUCGAUCGAAAUCCGUGGAAUUGCUUGUGGUUGCUCGAAUUUGCGCACACACAUCCGGAGAAGUUUCGCGCUUUCCAAUAUGAAAAAUACAUAUCGCAAAUUAAUGUGAAUGGAUUAAAAUGCGUGCCAGAAGAGAUGCUCGCUUUAGCCGACAAUGCUACGAAGAGUGAGUCGCAUACGAACGCUGCAACAACAACAACAACAACGACGGCGACAAUGGCAACCUUUGUACAUGGCGUUCAAGUUCAGGAGCAGCAGCGUGGCGGCGUGGUCAAUGCCUCUACCUACAAGCUUAUCUAUGGCGGUCCGUGGGAAUAUAAACGCAGUCAGCGCGCAGAAGCUUUGAUAAUCGUAUUUAUGUUGCCAGUGGGCGUGGCUUUACUCUUCCUUUUACUUUACAUGUGGAUAAAAUGUCAGAAAGUCUUCCAUUUGUCCUACUACCGCUCCUUCUCAUGGCCGCAGCGCAACAUUGGCCAGCGUUUUAGAAGCGCCGAGCGCUUCGAUGUGGUGCGUCAAUUGCCGCCCACACCAAACGCUCUUAAUGGCAACACCAACAAUAAUGAAGACUAUGAGACGCCUUUGAGUGGCAUUGGCUCUGUUUGCAACUGCAACAAUAUCGGUACGCCGACAUAUGCGAACGAGAAAUGCCGCAAAUUACAUCACAUCACCUAUGAAGAAUUGCCCGCCGAGCAGCCGUACAAAAUCUAUGAGGAGAUAAUUGGCGAUGAUGCGGCGGACACCGAGACGUAUGCGCAACCUUGUUACGAUCAUCUGUCGUUUACGAAUCCCGAAAAAAGUGAUAUGACUGAGUCUAUGUGA